AUGCCAGACAUCAAUGUUCCUCCUGGCGCAAUGAUCCAAGACCCAGCCCAGGGAUUUACAGCCACAACCACCCCCUCAAGCGAGAGGGAACGUCGACGCCCCCCACCUGUUGCCAGGCGCCGAGACAAGCCACAGUUGAGCUGUGACGAGUGUCGGAGGCGGAAGGUGCGAUGCGACCGUCUGCACCCCUGCGCCAAUUGCUCGAGUAGGGGACGAGGCUCUUCCUGUACCUACCCCUCCACCACCUCCCGUGCAACGGCUCUGGGACUGCCGCAUGGGAGCAACUAUGUGCAGGAUCGCAUCAACCAGCUCGAAAAUCUGGUCAUAACGCUUAUGCAGCAGGGCGGUGCCAGUCCUCGAAGUCCCCUGUCAGACCACCCCCCGCCGGUCACUCCGGACGACAGCUCUCCUGGCCAGGCUAUCCCGCCACCCGGAACCCAACACCAGCUUUGCGAAGCGACAGCCGGACCAGAGGGGCUGCACGACGUGCCGCCAUCCCCAUCUGACUAUGGUAGUAUCAGAAUUCGGGAAUCAGGUGUUAGUUUUGUCGGCAGCGCACACUGGGCCGCCGUACUCGACCGAAUCACCGAACUCCGGGACCACUUCGAAAAGGAGGAUGAGGCCCGCGCUCGGAGCUCCGACCCUCCCGUCCAUCUGCAGGGCCAUCUUCUCAGUCCCCAGCUACUGUAUGGUUGUUCAAUGCAUACGUCCCUCACCUCCAUUCUCGACGCGUGCCUUAACCUCGGCCACUACGCAAAAGGUGGACCAUACGUGCUGGAGACUUUGAUUCUCUACUUCCUUGUCGAGGUCUUCACCCGCAAGGAGAUGGAGGUUGGCAUCUGGGUCCUGGUGGGCAAUAUAACUCAAAUAGCUAUACACAUGGGAUACCAUCGGGAUGCCACCCACUUUCCCAACAUCUCCCCUUUCGUAGGAGAGCUGCGGAGGCGUGUCUGGGCAAUGAUUGUUCAACUGGACUUCAGCGUCUCGACGCAACUUGGCUUGCCCCGUCUGAUCAAAGAAAGCCAAACGAAUACCGCCGAGCCGCGGAACCUAGAUGACUCCGACUUUGACGAGCAUACGGCCGAGUUGCCCCCUUCUCGCCCGGAGACAGAGAUAACCCCCAUCCUGUACACUCUAGCGAAGCUCAGGAUUCUCUCAGUUGGUGUAAAGGUUGCCGACUUGGCGACCAAUCCCCGACCGUACUCCUACGAGAUGGUCCUAGAGCUUGAUAAGCAGAUCAACGAGGCCCGAGAUGCCUUGCCGUCCAGUAUGAAGUGGGAAAGUCUUGCAUCAUCCCUCACCGUCUCGCCGCAGAUUCUUAUGCAGAGGAUCUGGCUGGAGAUGUUUACCCAGAGGCUGAAAAUCGUCUUGCAUAAGAAAUUCCUGGCGCCAUCAAGGCUUCGACAGGAGUAUGCCUAUUCUCGUUCCGCGUGUCUAACGGCUGCCGUAGGAAUUCUAGAAUUUCAACAUCUCAUUGACGAGGAGACCGAGGUGGACGGUCGGCUGUAUCAAGUUCGCUGGAGGGUAUCUACCGCGUGCACUCAUGAGUUCCUUCUCGCCACCAGCGUGUUAUGCUUCUAUCUCCGAGUCCAUUGCGCGGACCGGGAAGAACAGCGUGGCAGCCCAGGCGACGCCGAAGCCGCCCCAGUAAACAAAAUUAAACAGCUACUGAGGGCAUCCCUAGACAUAUGGCUGAGGUUAAGCGCUGAAUCUACUGAAGCACGAAAGGCCACCGCUGCUCUUCAGUAUGUUCUUGGAGAUUCCAGGCUUGGGCCGGAUUCUUCCGGAUCUCGAGACAUGAUAUUACCCGACUCCACCCCUAUGCCUACAGCAGCGCCAUGCUUUCCAGGAGGCUCGGACACUCCCUCGAAGCUCUGGGAGCUUCUCCGAGAGCCGCGAGAUCUCCUGCGCAAGGUCCCAGGGGGUCGCCGCUUUGACCCCAAUGCGUUCUUCAAUGAGAACGCUGAACACCAUGGAACCACCAAUGUCCAGUCGUCUUACUUUCUGGAUGAAGAUCCGGCGGAAUUUGAUAACGGCUUCUUCAACAUCCAGCCUGCUGAGAGCGAAGCCAUUGAUCCUCAGCAGAGGAUGCUGAUGGAAACCGUCUACGACUCACUCUGCGCAGCUGGCCAAACGAUCGAGGGACUGCGUGGAUCGUCUACUGCGGUGAUGGUCGGUAUUAUGGGGGAUGACUGGGGUGGCGCGUUUUACAAAGAUUGGGAGACUCUUCCCCAGUACAGCGCCACCGGGGUGGCUCGAAGCAUUUUGUCAAACCGCAUUUCUUAUUUCUUCGAUUGGCAUGGGCCCUCGAUCACUCUCGAUACUGCUUGUUCAUCGAGCUUGGUUGCUGUCCAUUUGGCCGUCCAGGCCUUGCGCAACAACGAAUGUCGAGUGGCUAUCGCAGCGGGGGCGAAUCUUCUCCUAAGUCCAGCAACCUAUAUCGCUGAAAGCAAUUUGCACAUGUUGUCUCCCUCCGGAAGGUCCAAGAUGUGGGACAAAGAUGUUGACGGGUAUGGUCGAGGAGAGGGCAUCGCAGCCGUCGUCUUAAAGCCCCUGAGCGCGGCAUUGAAGGACGGAGAUCACAUCGACUGCGUCAUCCGCGCCACUGGAGUCAACCAAGAUGGGAAGACAGCAGGGUUGACCAUGCCCAGUUCAGCGGCUCAAGCGGCUCUCAUCCGAGACACAUAUGCUCGAGCUGGCUUGAACAUUGACAAGCCGGAGGAUCGCCCGCAAUUCUUCCAUGCUCAUGGCACUGGAACUCCGGCCGGUGAUCCUCAGGAAGCGGAGGCUAUUUUCCAGGCUUUUCACUCGAAGGGAGCAUCGGACAAGCUCUACGUUGGUUCCAUCAAGACAGUUAUUGGACACACCGAGGGCACUGCGGGAUUGGCCAGUCUCAUGGGCACCUCGCUGGCUCUUCAACAUGGAAUCAUCCCACCAAAUAUGCACUUCAGCCAUCUGAACCCAAGACUCGUACCCUUCUAUGGGAACCUAGAGGUGCCAACGUCCCCGAAGACCUGGCCCAAACUUCUUCCCGGUCAACCUCGACGGGCUAGUAUUAACAGCUUCGGAUUCGGCGGCACCAAUGCUCACGCCAUCGUGGAGGCUUACCAGCCAGACCUCAUUGCACCUUCGGCUGGUCCAUUGUUCACGCCCUUAACCAUUUCCGCGGCUAACGAAAGGUCUCUCCGCGACGUUCUAUUGUCAUACUCUGACUACCUUACCUCCAACCCACAAGUCUCCCUUCGGGACUUCGCCUAUACCCUCCAAGAAAGACGGUCUACCCUUGCUUAUCGUGUGGCAAUCCCAGCCUCAACGAACGAGGAAGCCAGGCAGAAGAUCGAGGCCGUCUUAGCCAGCGACAACUCUCCCGAGCUCAGCACGCGUCACUUCAGUAUCGCUUCUCCUCGCGUCUUGGGUGUGUUUACAGGACAGGGAGCCCAGUGGCCGCGCAUGGGCGCUAAGCUGGCGGAGAGUUCCCCCUUCGUGGCAAAGCGAUUGGAUGAACUAGACGCUGUUCUGGCCUCAUUGCCACAGGGCGACCGGCCCGACUGGUCGCUUCGGGAGCAGUUAUUCGCAGACGCUGCAACGUCGAGGAUCACGGAAGCUGCCCUGUCGCAGCCUCUCUGCACGGCGGUGCAGAUUAUCCUCGUGGAUCUAUUGCACUUGGCAAACAUCAAACUCCAUGCUGUGGUCGGCCAUUCGUCCGGUGAGAUUGCGGCGGCCUACGCUGCGGGUUUGUUGUCGGCCAGCGCUGCCAUCCGUAUUGCGUUCUACCGUGGCCUAUACGCCAAGCUUGCGAAGUCGCCCAACGGCGCAAAAGGUGCCAUGAUGGCUGUUGGAACAUCGAUCGAGGAUGCGUCCGAAUUUUGUCAAUUGGACGCCUUCGAAGGCAGAAUCCGUGUCGCCGCCCACAACUCUUCGUCGAGCGUCACUCUCUCUGGUGACGAAGACGCCAUAGAUGAAGCCAUCAGUAUCUUCCAGGACGAGGGGAAGUUCGUCCGCCGACUCAGAGUCGACACGGCAUACCACUCUAGGCAUAUGAUUCCAUGCUCGGCACCGUAUCUUACCUCCAUCGAAGCUAUGGACGAUGCCUCCUCCAAAACCGCUAGCGGCGGGCCGACGUGGUAUUCAAGUGUCCACGACGGACUAGUCAUGUCUGAAGAGGACAUGGAUCCUAAAUAUUGGGCCGACAAUAUGGUGAAUGCUGUCCUCUUCGCACCAGCAGUGAUGGCUGCUGUUAGCCAAAGCGGCCCCUUUGACCUAGCCUUGGAGAUCGGACCUCAUCCUGCUCUUAAAGGUCCAUGCCUGGAUACCCUCGAAGAGGUCCAAGGAGAACGAAUCCCAUACUCUGGAAUACUCUCGAGGGGAAAAGACGACAUAACUGAAGUGUCAUCUGCUCUCGGUCUCGUCUGGUCUUGUCUUGGGGCAGGCUCUGUCUCCUUUGAGAGCUUCGAGAAGGCCGUCUCUGGUAAACCGAGCGGCCGGCGCAUGGUGCCGAAUCUUCCGAAGUAUCCAUUUGAUCAUUCGAAAGCCUUCUGGUCUAUGUCUCGCAUAUCUGGCGCUCAUACGAUUGCCCGUGACCCUCCACACCCAGUCCUAGGUCGACGUUGUGUGGACCGAGAAACUUCGCACGAAAUCCAAUGGCGGAACAUUCUGCGGCCCAAGGAGAUCUCCUGGCUUAAGGGUCACAAAAUUCAAGGGCAGAUCGUUUUUCCUGCUGCUGGCUUCGUAGCUAUGGUUGUCGAAGCCAUGAAAGCGGUUGCUGCCGAUUCUGCCAUUGCCCUCAUCACCAUCGAAAAUCUCAUCAUCAAUCGAGCCAUGGCCUUCAGCGAUGAAAACUCUAGUGUUGAGACCCUCUUCAGCGUCAAAGUGGUUCAUUCAGAUAAUGACAGCAUCUCGGCCAAAUUCUCCUGCUCCUCCGGAGCUUCCAUGGAACCCAAUGGAUUGAUGGUCGUCAAUAUCGAGGGCGAAGUGACUGUAUCACUAGCGACACCAGACGCUGAUAGCCUCCCAUUUACUGGAACCGACAACUUUAAUAUGAGUGAAAUCGAAAUUGAUCGCUUCUACGAUCAGUUGACCAAACUUCGGUACGAGUACUCUCCACCUUUCCGUGGCAUGCUCUCGAUCAAGCGCAAGAACGGCUACGCCACGGGCACACUCGAGGACCAGUCAGGAUCAGACUGGGAGGAUCGACUUCUAAUUCACCCAGGGAUGCUCGAUACUGCUAUACAGGCUUCUCUGGCGGCCUUUAGCUGCCCAGGAGAUGGAAGAAUGUGGGGGAUGUACAUCCCGGUCGGAAUCCAGUCAAUUACAAUCAACCCCCUUUUCACCUCUCUAGGAAUAGGAAAGCAGGAGACUCUUCCCUGGGAAGCUUUCGUCAGAGACUUUAGAGAGGCCCGGAGCACCAUCGACAUUAAUAUCUUCUCUCAAGAUAAUGCCCAUACUUUCAUUCGUCUUGAAGGGAUGGAGUUGAUGCCGUUUACCGCCGCUCGACCCGAAGACGACACUGUUCUCUUCUCGAGCUUCAGUUACAAGAUUGAUAGGCCUGACGGUGUAAUUGCAGCUGCCAAUGAUGGACUCACAGCAGAAGACGUUGAAAAGGCAAUCAACGCGGAGAGGGUCGCCUUCUACUACCUUCGCAACUUGGUUGAGACUAUUACUCCGCAGCAGAAGGCCAACACCCUGCCCCAUUAUCAGCAUUUGCUCAACUGGGCGAGUCACGCCGUUGACCUUGUCAAAAGAGGAAAGAAUGCCUUCCUUCCUUCAAGCUGCCAGCUCGAUACAGAAGAGCAGAUCAAUGCUCUGUUGGACAAAGACCGCGACAGAGCCGACGUUCGGCUUAUAGAAUCCGUGGGAAAGAACUUGCCGGAAGUCAUCCGUACGGGAUCUGGAAUUCUGGAACACAUGGCUGAGGAUGGCUUGUUCGACUUCUAUGAUGGCGGCUUGGGUCUUGACAUUGCAAAUCGUCACUUCGCGCGCAUGAUAGCCCAGGUCGCACACCGCUACCCACGCAUGAAAAUAUUCGAGAUUGGUGCUGGGACUGGCGGAUCCACGAGGAACAUUCUCCCUCUUCUUGGGCCUUCGUUCUCCAGUUACACGUAUACUGACAUCUCCAGCGGAUUCUUCGAGGCUGCUCAGAAUCGAUUUAGUGAUUUUAGCAACCGCAUGGAUUUCAAAACUUUCGACAUGGAUCGGUCUCCAGCUUCUCAAGGUUUCGUCGAGGGGUCCUAUGAUCUGGUUCUUGCUUCCAACGUCCUUCACGCCACAGGGAAGCUGGAGGAGAUGCUCAUAAACGUACGCCAACUCCUUAAGCCUGGUGGCUACCUUAUCACUCUGGAACUUACUAGCAACGAUGCCCUUCGUGUUGGUUUGCCGAUGGGAAGUCUGCCAGGAUGGUGGGUUGGUGCUGAGAGUGGGCGACCUCGGGGGCCGGCCUUGACCCUGCCGCAAUGGGAUUCUUUGCUGCGGAAAUGCGGUUUUGGUGGAAUCGAAACAAGCACACCCCCUCUCCACAAACUCUAUGUGUCCACCGUCUUUGUUGCACAAGCAAUCGAUGACCGCGUUAGCCUUCUCCGGUCGCCUUUACUCUCCAUCUCUCACCUUCCACCAACGGAGACUUCACAGCUUGUUAUAGUGGGCGGCGAGACUAUUGAAGUUCACCUCAUCGCAGAACAAGUCGGCAGCCUUCUAGCUCCGAGAUUCAGCAACAUCGAACGGGUCAGCGCUCUUGAAAGCCUACUGGACACGGAAUCGUUCACCCCAGGAUGCACGGUCAUAUCACUUACAGAGCUCGACGAGCCCUUUUUCAAAGCAAUCACGCCGGGGAAAUUCGACGCCAUCAAGGCGCUGUGGCGCCAGGCCAGCACAAUCCUGUGGGUUACACGCGGUGCUAGGGCAGAGGAACCAUACUCGUUCAUGACCGUCGGUGUUGGGAGGGUUAUGAGGUUCGAGUACCCGAACAUUUCAUUGCAGAUGCUUGAUCUUGAUAAGCUCGAGGGCAAGACUGCCCAUGUUCUCGCAGAGGAGCUGCUGCGGCUUGAGGUUUUGAAGAAGUGGGAGAAGGACGCUCGAGGCCAAGAUCUUCUUUGGUCUACCGAGCCGGAGGUAUUCCUAGAGUCAGGCACUCGUAUAAUCCCGCGUCUCUACCAGUGCGAGUCGGCAAAUGAUCGAUACAACUCUUCACGCCGAACGAUAACAAAGGCGGUCAAUCCCCGGGAGUCUCACAUUCUGUUCGCCAGUGAGGGCCUGUCAUACGAUCUCCAAUACCCAUCGCCUCUUCACCUCUCAAGGCCACCUGUCCCCGACGCUGGAGUCAGAGUUAUUGACGUCUCUCACUUUUUGCUGCAAACCAUCAAUAUAGCCUCCGUCGGAAAUCUGAUGAUGGGCGUCGGUACUGAUGAAGCUACUGGCGAGGAGUUGCUUGUUUUGACAGAUGCCAUGGAGUCGCGAGCCACGGUGUUGGCCGACUGGGCCAUGCCUCUGGAAGGUGAUGAUCCGGUUGAAGCCCUCGCAGGUGUCGCUGCUGAGCUCUUUGCUUCCAACAUUCUGGAGUUUGUGCCCCGUGGAAGUACCAUCGUUAUCCAUGAGCCAGAUUUCUUGAUCGGCUCAGCUCUGGAGCGGCAGUCCCAGCGGUAUUCAGUUCACGUCGUGAUCACAACUUCGGUCAAGAGCCAACAGGCCAAAGGCUGGCGCUACAUUCAGGAGAAUGUGUCUCAGAGACUUAUAAGGAGAGCUUUGCCUACGUCACUCUCCGUGUUUAUCGACCUUUCUCAAGCUCCCGGCUCGGCAUCGGUUGGCCGCGUUAUCGGCAAGUGCAUACCCCAAUCGUGUAUCACUUAUAGCUCCAAACAUUUCCUUGGCACGACGACAGGACUCCGUGCCGGAUUCUCGGCCAGCAAAGUGGCUGAACUGCUUAGGGAAGCAAGGCUUGCGGCUCGCGAGGUAAAAGACCAGAGCCAAGCUGGGAAUAUACACAUCAGCAAACUGCAAGAUAUCUCGAACCUCUCAAUACACGAGGCGCCCCUCACAGUCGUCGACUGCUCUGGUUCCGAAUCUGCCGUUUCUGCCAGCAUUCAGCCCAUUGAUACCGGAGUGAUAUUCCGAGCCGACAAGACGUAUUUCUUGGUCGGCCUGGCAGGUGAGGUAGGGCAAUCGUUAUGCCAAUGGAUGGUGGAGCAUGGUGCAAGGCAUAUUGCCUUGGCCAGUCGACGGCCAAAGGUGCACCCCGAAUUCAUCCGGUCCAUGGAGGCAGUGGGAGCUACUGUCAAGGUCUUACCUCUUGAUAUUACCAACCGCGAGUCUCUGCACGAGUGUUACGAAGAUAUAGCCGGGGCAAUGCCCCCUGUUGCGGGCGUAGCCAACGGAGCCAUGGUCCUAGAAGACUCUCUAUUCGAGGGUAUGUCCUUUGAGACGCUCACCAAGGUGUUGGACCCCAAAGUCACCGGCACCAUACUUCUGGACGAGCUCUUCAGAAAUGAUCCCUUAGAGUUCUUCAUCGUCUUCUCUUCCAUUACCGGUAUCGUCGGCAAUAGCGGCCAGAGCAAUUAUAUCGCCGCCAACAUGUUCAUGACAGCUCUCGCCGCUCAGCGUAGGAAGCGAGGCGUCCCCGGUUCCGCCAUUGCCAUCAGCUCGCUCAUGGGCAUCGGCUAUGUCGAACGAUCGGAUGAUUUGACCGGCGAUUACUUCGAGAAAGUCGGGUACAGGAAUAUCUCGGAGCAGGACUUGCAUCAGUUAUUCGCUGAAGCAAUUCUCGUUGGUCGACCGGGCUGUUCUGAAACCCCGGAACUCGUAACGGGAUUGCAGCCGAUGUACACAGACACCCAGUCCAAGGCACAGUUCCGAGAUGAUAUCAAAUUCAACCACUUCAUCAUGGAACGUCCGGGCACUCAGACCUACGCCGGAAAACUCUCGAGCGUGCCUGUGCGAGUCCAGCUGGUGGAAGCCAAGUCGAAGGCUGAGGCUAGUGCCAUCAUCAAAGAUUCUUUUAUUGUACGGCUGAAGCGUACCCUGAUGAUCUCCCAAGAAGAUUCCGUCAGCGAAAGGGUGUCCCUCAUUGAGCAAGGCGUCGACUCGCUCAUGGCGGUUGAGGUUCGCUCGUGGUUCCUGAAGGAGCUGGAAGUGGAUAUACCCGUCCUCAAGAUUCUAGGCGGUAGCACAAUUACGGAUCUCCUUGAGGAGGCUAUGGAGUGCAUGCCAACGUCCGUUGUAGAUCUGGGCGCCCUUCCGGACAAAGCGAAACCUACCGAACAAACACAGGAGCCAUCUCCUGCCUCAAAGGCUCAAUCAAGCUCUCAUGAUGGUUCUUCUGAGACACAUAGCUCACCAGGAGACAGAUCACUCCAGUCAGUCACGCCACUAGAGACACCCGCUAGUGAUAUUGAGGAAUCUGCGUUUGACGGCGAGGAUAAGGUUUUCCAAUUUGGCCAGGAGAAAAGCCCCUUGGAGGAUUCACCCUCUCCUUUCUUGGAGUCGGCCACAGAGACACUAGCCACCGAAGCGGAGCAGCAUCCAGAAGCAGAUCUUCUUGAUGGCCUUUCGAAACUUGCUCAGAAAAGCUCAGGUCUCGAGGAACUUGCCAAAAAGGAAGUAUGUACUCCAAUGUCAUACGGCCAAGCACGAUUCUGGUUCCUGAAUGACUACCUCGAGGAUAAAAGGAGCUUUGACAUGACGGUAAUGUUCAAACUAACCGGAAAGAUGGAUGUAGCCCGUCUCGGAAAGGCUGUCCAGAUUCUCGCGCAGCGUCACGAAGCACUGAGAACUCGAUUUUUCUGGUCUGGAGAAGGCGAGCAACGGAUUGCCAUGCAAGGUGUCUUGCCUGUAUCACCCAUCCAUUUAGUUCACAAGCGUCUUCAGUCCGAGGCUGAUGCAAAGGAGGAACUAAAGAGGAUGCACGACCAUGUAUGGGAUCUUGGCAGCUGGGAGGCAGCAAAGAUCCAUCUCCUCUCCGUCUCGGAUAACGUCCACUUCUUGCUUGUUGGUGGUCAUCAUAUAUCUUGGGAUGGUUACAGCUUCACCGUCUUAUUCGUCGACCUCGAGGCAGCAUAUUCUGGAAAGCCAUUGCCGCCUCUUGGUCCUGAAAGCCAAUAUCCCGCCUUCGCUCGAUGGCAGAGGGAGCAGUAUGAGAUCGGUGCAAUGAAGAAGGCACUCGACUCAUACCAUAAAAUUAUUCCCGAUCCCGAUGUCCCUGCCAUUCCUCUCUUCCCGUUUGCCAGGUCCCCAACGCGGCCCGUCCUCGACCACUUUUGGCAAUAUGAAGCAAAGGCAACACUUCGGCCGGCUCUCGCUACGAAACUCAAGCAACUCGCCCGAAAGCACCGCUCGACGAUGUUCCAUCUCUAUCUCGCUGCUCUCAAGGGCCUUGUUUUCCGCCUCCUCCCCGAGAUAGACGACUGCUUCAUUGGAAUUGCUGAUGCAAACCGCUUGGACAAGAAGUUUUUGGGCAGCCUUGGGUUCUUCCUCAACCUUUUGCCCGUGCCUUUCUCAAGAGGCGGAGCCAAGACGAAGAUCAGCGACCUCAUACGUGAUGCCCGUGACAAGGCAUACGCGGCUCUCGAUCGUUCUAUCGUUCCAUGGAACGUGAUUCUCAAGGAGCUGAAGAUUCCGCGCUCCAACACCUUCGCACCGAUAUUCCAGCUGUUUGUAGACUACCGCCAAAUCGUCCAGGAAAGGUCGACCUGGGGUGGAUGCAAGAUCAGCGACGAAGAUUGGUUGAACGCGCGGAAUGGCUACGACCUCACCCUGGGGAUUACGGACAAUCCUACCGGAGAAUCGUUGCUUUCCUUGCGAUUGCAGGCAGGGCUGUACUCGGAGAGCAGUACCGAGCUACUCAUGCGGUCCUACGUGAACGUCCUCGAGACUUUUGUAUGGAGCUCGGAUAUUGAGGCUGCUUCCCUCCCAUGCUGGGAUCCCAAAGACGUCGAGAAGGCUUUUGACGUUGGUAGAGGACCCGAAUUAAAACUCGAAUGGCCUGCCACCAUUUCUCACCGAGUUGACCAAAUGAUUGCCCAACACAGGACGAAGCCAGCACUAAAGGACGGACUCGGAAACAACCUAACGUACGGUGAAAUGGGAGCCCGUGUGAACACAAUUGCCUCGACACUCAUUGCUGUGGGUGCAGCGCCAGGAUCGCUUGUUGCUGUUUUCCAAGAUCCGUCCGCCGAUUGGAUUUGCUCUAUGCUCGCCAUCUUCCGCAUCGGCGCAACCUACAUACCUCUAGAUCUCCGUAACUCCAUUCAUCGACUCACCAGCAUUGUCAAAGCCUCGAAGCCAGCCAUCAUACUGACAGAUCGGAGCACAACUGAGAAGACAACACUGAUCUCGGCCGAUGACGCCGUCCAGAUCAACGUAUCUGAAAUAGCAACAUCAUUGUCUCAGGGACAGUUGCCAAACGAGGCGAGACCAGACUCACAUGCUGUCAUCCUUUUCACAAGUGGCUCCACAGGGGAACCCAAGGGCGUCAUUAUGAAGCACAGCAACCUGGCGGCUGAGUGCGAGGCUUACUCCAAAUUCUGCGAUCUCCCCGCUGGAAACUCCGUCGUCAUGCAGCAAAGUAUUUUCAGCUUCGAUUUCUCCCUCGAACAGACCUUCGUAGCUCUCGCCGACGGCGGGUGUCUCUACGUGGUCCCAGCAGACAAAAGAGGAGAUCCACACGAAAUCAGCAAGCUGAUGGUCGAACAGGGAGUGACGUACACAUCGGGUACACCGUCCGAAUACGAGAUGUUGUUCAAAUACGCAUCGGAGACUCUGGCCAAGUGCAAGACGUGGCGAUAUGCCUUUGGAGGAGGGGAGUAUCUCAGCCCCAGCCUCAUUCGGGAGUUUGCCAAGCUUCCGCUGCCAAACCUCAGACUCUUCAAUAACUAUGGCCCCGCCGAAGUCACCACUGCCGCACUGAAGGGCGAGAUAGCGUACCGUGAAACCGAGCUGGAGGAGCCCACCUUGGCAGGGUUCAUUCUGCCGAACUACAAACUCUAUUUCGUCGAUAAGGAUCUCCAACCUGUGCCCGUCGGAGUACCUGGCGAGAUUGUUGUCGGGGGCCCCGGCGUCACUGUCGGCUACCUGGGAAUGGAAGAAACGACAAAGGCUCACUAUAUCCCUAACAAGUUCGGGCCAUCACCACCACCCGGAAACGAUAGGCUGUACCGCACAGGAGACCUAGGGCGACUCCGGGAGGAUGGGGGAGUGUACUGGAUCAGCCGUAUCGAAGGCGACACCCAAGUGAAACUACGUGGAUUCCGCAUUGAGUUGAAGGAAAUAGAGGCGGUUCUCAUAAAGCACUCGAACGGAGCGCUGUCCCAUGCCGUGGUUACGCUACGAGGUAAUGGGGAGGAACGAUUCCUCGCUGCCCACAUCGUCUUCGUUCCGGAUUACCCGCAAGAACAACGCGAGGGACUGAUUAGGCAUCUCGAAUCCCGGCUCCCUUUGCCAUCCUACAUGCAGCCCUCCGUCCUAGUCCCGCUUGACGAGAUGCCCCUUACCGCCCACUCGAAGAUCGAUCGCAAGGCCAUCCAAGCCAUUCCUCUCCCCGAUGCCUUCACGUCCGGGGAACAGGAUACCGUCACCGGAAUAGAAAAGAAAAUGGCGGAGUUAUGGCGGAGAAUCAUACCUCAUACCAUCAGAGAUCUGGCGCCCGAGACCAACUUCUUCGACGUGGGCGGCAACUCCAUUCUGCUUGUCAAGUUGCAGGCUCUCAUGAAGAAAACUUUCAAUGCGACUCUGCCGCUGGUCGAUUUGAUGAACUCGAGUACCCUCGGGAAAAUGGCGAGAAUGAUCAAGGCGGCUUCUCGGGCAGGCGGCAUCGACUGGGAGAUAGAAACUAGCUUGCCAGAGUCUCUGAGAGGAUCCAGUGCUGCCGUCUCAUCCAGAAGAAAGAAGCGUGACAACGUCUCAGUCGUCUUGGUCGGGGCAAGUGGCUACCUAGGGCGUAAUCUCCUACCCUGCCUCGUUGAAGACCCACGCGUGAAGGACAUCUAUUGCCUCGUCCGAAAAGAAGGGCCGGCCACCAACUCCUCUCCUCCCAGCACCAAGGUUAAGUUCAUUCAAGUGGAUCUGUCGCAGCCGAAUUUCGAUCUCCUGCCCGCGGAGUUUACUGCUCUCGCAGAGAAAGCAGACGCUGUCGUCAACUGCGCCGCAAACCGCUCCUUCUGGGACAGCUACGAGAGUCUGCGGCCUGUCAACGUCGAUGCUGUUAAGGAGCUAGCGCGGCUCUGUCUCGCCAACAACGCGUCGCUCCAUAUGCUUUCGUCAGGUGCGGUACAGAUUUACGAUUCCACGACUCCGCCGACGGAUGGCAGUGACGGUUAUGUUGCCAGCAAAUGGGCGGCCGAAACAUUCUUGCGCAAGGCCGCCGCAGAAAAAGGUCUGCAAGUCUAUCUGCACCGCCCCGUUCCUGCGCCAUCGAGCGAGGCCGAAAAGACAAUGGAUAUCUCGGCCGCGGCGGUCCUGGAGGAGCUGAUUGGCAUCACUCGUACACUUGGCAAGAGGCCCGAUUUUACCGCUGUCGGUGGGCAUAUAGAUGUAGUCCUAGUGGGCAGUGUCGUUAAUGACCUCGUCGCUUCCAUCACGAGUGCAGAGGAAGAGUCCGGGAGAGUGGCAGUCAUCCCACAUGAAGGACGGCUGAGGUUGUCUGUCAAGGACUUUGCGGAUCACAUCCAGAGAGAUGAUCGGAUCAAGGAUUUGCCAGUCAUGGAUCCAUUGCAUUGGUUCCGCGAUGCGAAGAUUGCUGGUUUUGGACACUUGAUAACGUCGCAGCACUUAUCAAUGAGUUCCAAGAACGGAGAGUUGGUGACGAGGCGCUAA